UAUGGUCCCUCAAGGACACCAAGAUGGCUGCGCCCAUGGGCACAUUUUUCCUUGAAUAAAGAACCGGAUAGAAAAUAACACGCAAAUGGCGUUAAACUGCUUAAAACUGUGGCUUUGGAAGCCAGCUGGAAAUUUUCCUCAACCUUCUGUGUUUAAAGGUUCAAUCCAAAGAUUUUCUUGGGCAGCACGUAUGAGUAGUUCUCAUACAAAGGUUGACAAGUCAUCGGCCGGUACAGAUUCCAAACAAGAUGAUAGUAAGACAGGAACAAAUAGAAAGCCUGGAGUGAGACCAGAACAUGAUCCAUCCAAAGUUCAACCUCAUGCUGUGAGGUACAACUCACCGAAGAUGAAAUUUGUAUUGCAAGGAGUAGAUUUGACCAAGUACACUACUGUUCCAAUACCAUAUCCCAAAACAGGAGGGAGAGGCUGGGAUGGUAAGGUAAUGAACAAGAGAAUUGGUGGAGGCGCUAAACAAGAGUAUAGGAUGGUAGAUUAUACACGUAACGCCAUUAGUGAAGAAGAGCCUCUUGUGGAAAAAGUUAUAUAUACAAGAUAUGAUCCAUUACGGUCUGCUGACAUUGCUUUGGUUGCCAGUGGUAACCACAAACGCUGGAUAAUAGCAGGAGAACAUAUGAAAAAAGGAGAUUUGAUAAAGUCUUAUGGAAACAUCCCAACAUUACCAGUUUCUGCUAAAGCAGGUGAUGCCCACCCUCUCGGAGCUUAUGCUGCAGGCACUGUUGUUCACAACAUUGAAAUGUUUGAGAAUGAGGGUGGUAAUUUUGCACGUGCUGCUGGAACUAGUGGCACGAUUGCCCGAAAGGUCGCGGAUAGGGUGAUUGUGCGUUUACCUUCUGGACGCGAGGCAAGUUUGAGCAAGAACUGUAUAGCUACAUGCGGACGAGCAUCAAACGUAAAUCACGGGAAGGAACAUAUAGGAUCGGCUCAAAGAAAUAGAUGGUUUGGGGUGCGUCCAAAAUGUGGUUUAUGGCACAGAAAAACUGGCUAUAAUGGCCGUAAAAUAAGGCCACCUAAACCUUUGGUAACUUAUGAGAAAAAGACACAAAAGUCAUUACAUGAAAUGUUUGACACAUGAUAUUUUCUAAGAUUUUCCACAACUGUCAAAGUUACAAAAUGUAUUUGUAGAGGGUUUAUCUUAAUUAACACUGAAAAAAUCAAGAAAUUAUCAUAUUUUAGCUGAGAAAGCCAUUUUGUGUAUGUAAAGGUACUUUUGUUUCUAAUAUGAACAAAGAGGUAAUAAACUGAAGGUCACAUGGAGAGGAAUAAUCUGGUAUACAAGAGCUUUAGAAGAAGAAAGAGUUCAAAAAGUUUAUUAAGUUAACUAUUUUUAAAUAGCUUUCUAUCAUAUGAUUAAAAUAAAUUGCUUUAUUAAGAUCUGACAUGAUAAACUGUUUAAUUAAGUUCUGACAUUAAAUCCAGUAAAACUUUC